AUGACACGCACACGCACCGGCGAAUACAAGGACUCCUCCAACGCCCCACGCGAGCGCCGUCAAUCCAGGAACGGCUUCUCGGAUCCCAGAGCGAUCCCCAAGAAGGCCGGUGCUGGACAUGGCAACUGGGGUGUCCCGGGAUGUGAACUGAACCAGCAGGAGCAGACGUCUGCCUUGAGUGACAAUGUCUCGAUGUCCCCUCCUGAGAACAAGAUCACGGUGAUUGACGCCGAGACCUUCACCAUGUUGCAGAACAACAGCCGACCCGACAGCCAGGCGCAGUCGACUGCUAAUGACGACCAGGUCUCCUCCUAA